ACCACGCCAUUCCCCAUCUCUUUCCCCACCCACCCCACUCAGCCACCGCCGAGCCGAUCUCCGACCACCGCCGCGAUGUCGUCCGCCGCCGCGCUCCUCCUCCGCCCCACCUCCGCCACGACGCACCCGCUCCUCCACCUAUCCAGCCCCAAAUCCGUCUUCCUCCGCCUACACCAGUCUCGCCGCCGCCUGCCCGUUCCGCGCCUCUCCCUCACGCCCACCACCGCCAGCAACAGCAACAGCAACAACUCCCCUCCGCCGCCGCCCCCUCUGGCCCCCUCGCCCGCGCCUGCGGCGCCGCCUUCCCUGUUCGCGAAUUGGUCCCCGCCGCGCGCGAUCUGGCGGGGGCUCUCGGCGCUGCUCCUCGCGGGCCAGGUCUUCCACCGCGUCCUCACGGGCCGCGUCCACCGCCGUAACCUCCUGGCGCAGCUCCGCCGCGUGGGGCCGGGGAGCGCGGGGGUCGCGCUCCUCACCGCCGCCUUCGUGGGCAUGGCCUUCACCAUCCAGUUCGUGCGCGAGUUCACGCGCCUCGGCCUCCACCGAUCUGUCGGCGGUGUCCUCGCCCUCGCGCUCGCGCGCGAGCUCUCUCCCGUCGUCACGGCCGUCGUCGCCGCCGGCCGAGUCGGCUCCGCAUUCGCCGCCGAGCUCGGCACCAUGCAGGUGUCCGAGCAGACCGACACCCUCCGCGUCCUCGGCGCCCACCCCGUCGACUACCUCGUCGUCCCACGCGUCCUUGCCUGCGUGCUUGCCCUCCCGGUGCUGACACUGAUCAGCUUCGCGCUCGGCCUCGCCUCCUCGGCAUUCCUGGCCGACUCCGUCUUUGGCGUCAGCGUCAGCAUCAUUUUGGAGUCGGCGCGCAGAGCUCUGCGGCCAUGGGACUUGAUCAGCUCCUUGCUGAAAUCUCAAGUGUUUGGUGCCAUUAUCGCGGUGGUGAGCUGUGCCUGGGGUGUCACAACCCAUGGAGGAGCCAAGGGCGUUGGCGAGUCUACAACAUCUGCGGUGGUUGUUUCUCUUGUUGGGAUCUUCGUUGCGGACUUUGCUCUGUCAUGCCUGUUCUUCCAGGGUGCUGGUGAUUCACUCAAGUAUGCAAUGGGUUGAGGCAGGGUCACCGCAGAGGAAUUUUUUUUGCUUUGUAGGAGCAUAGCAUAGUCUUGUACAUUAACAAGAAUGGUGCAGCGGAUUCAAAUAGGCGGACAUUGCAACAUCAGCCACUCUUCAGGAGACCUUGCUGAGAGCUACUACAGUCCUACCUCAUUUAUCCCACCAACUGCUGAGGCUAGUGCGUCGCCCCGGACUUCUCGCAUCACCAGCGUCAUUGUGCGCGGUGCCUUGGCGUUGCCUAGGAGUGAGGGAGAGCUUGUAGGGGGGGUCGUGCUGGAGCUAGGUUCGGCCAUGGCCAGGAGGGAGAGGGAGUGAGAGAAGAGGGAGCCGGGUGUCGGUGUGCGUUCAUUAGAAAAAGGGAGCGGGGUGCCCUGCACCGAGCGCGUUGGGAAGUAUGAGUUAGAAUCUACUCCCUCCGUCACACAAUAUUUAUUUUAACUUUUCUACGUGCAUAGUUUUUUA